AACCACCCGAGUAUAUUAUCUUCCACAAAGUGAAUGCUGCACAGAGGCGCACCUUCCUCUCGUUUGUCGCGUCGCGGUAUUGAGCAGAAGACGCAUUAGCCGCUAUGGCACCCCAGUGCCAGGCGUUGUACGUGUCGGAUGAACGGCGAUGUAGCGAGGAAGCUACAAACGUUAAUGCCUUGUUCUGCUCCUUCCAUGCGAGACAAGUCUACAGUUUGUACAAGGGUUACAAGCGCAGAGGUGCUCAGUUAGAUGCUUUGCAGAAAGACCCUCCUUCCUACUUUGCCGACCGCCCGAUCCACAAAGUUACCUUCGACGACAUAGAUGAUCAAGACACUCUCAAGACCCUGCACGCUUUCCUUUUUAAACAGAAUGGUCUUCUCGAUCGCUGCAUCCGUGCCCGUAAACUCCACCAUUCGCGCUUCUAUGCCCUCGAACUCGAUUAUGGUCACCAACACUACCUGGACCACCUCAUCAGCGAGAAACACAAUGUUAGCCGUGCCUUGGAAAGACUCGAAAGACGGACUGCCGAAGUCUUGUACAAGCAGCAGCAGUGGUUUGGCUGGGUCCGUAAUCUCGAGGAUGACGAAGAGAAGGAACGCGACGCGGAGAAGAAGAAGAUCAAGCAAGAGGCCGCUUUGUUCAAGCGUCACUGGAAAGAUGUCUCUGCUCGUGUGGACAGAUUGAGACAGAAAGAGAAUGACAAGAGACAAGCCGAAUACCUUGAGAAGGUUUGGGAAGAACGCAACAAAUUCGAGGAGGAGCUCAACGCCGAAGGAGAAGGUGGUGAAGAAUGGGAUCCCAUCGAAGACGUUGUUGAGGAUGAGCGUGGAAGCUACAUCGAUCUCAUACGACGCUUCUUGUGGCUUGCUGAGCCCAUCACCGCCUCGACCGAGGAGCCAGCAUCUGCUGGAGCUGCAGAGGCUGCAGAGGCCGAUGCUUCGAGCCCCAAGAAGGAGAACGUAGCUCCGCAAGCUACUGCGGUGCAAAGCCCUUCCAAGGAGCCGGCCACUUCUCAAGCGCUCGUGGAGAUGAAUAAAUCGAAGAACGCCAAGAAGAAAGCACGUCAGAAGGCGAAAGCCCUGGAAGUCAAACCGUCUCCACAAGAGCUGAGCAAAGGAAAGCCUGGUGAGGUUCAUAUUGAGACGCCAGACGAGGUCCGUACCCGUCUGCGCGAAGGCACGACCAUGUGUGGUGUCCUGCAGACCUUCGAUCCCGAGGAUCCAUCGAAGACGGAAAUUGUCACAGACAAGACGUUCCCCCUGGCCGACGAUGAAGUCGAAACUUUGAUGAAACAGAUCCCUGAUAUUAAGCAGUUGCUGUUUUGUCGAUUGUUACUUGGCUAUGCAACCCUGCUCCCAGUAGCCUUACGAGCCGAGAAUGUUGACGAAUUCCUCGCCGAUCCAUCUGUGACUAACGCAGAGUUGAGAGACCUGUGCCUCAAGAUGGAACAGCCUGGGUUGCAACAACUCCGCGAUGCGUGCGCCGAUCUUGGUCGUGAAGAUGAUGAGCCGGAAGAAGACGAGAUUGCACCUGCUGCAAGUGCUGAAGCACCUGCUGGUCGCACUAAGUUCACAUCAAGGCCUAUGUACCCGGUCAAGAAUGUCAAGACUAAGCGUGAGAAGGAGAUCAAGGAAAAGCGCGAGAAAACGAUGCCUGACAACAUGGAUUCUACGACCUUUGUUGAUUUCGGUGAUGUUGAUGAUCAGCAGCAAUACCGUAUCAAGAAGAUUCGUGUCAAGGUCUGCGGAAGGUUCAUUUACAACUAUCCUAGCGAGAAGGCCAUGUCCAGAGGUGGCUGGCUGCAAUUUUCGAUCAUCGCUAAAGACUGUUCUCUUUUCCAGGCAGUGAGUCUAGCUCGGAGUUGGGAUGAGUUCUUUGAGCUCAACAUCCUCACCUGCAAUCAUUACUUCCCUGCUGCACAAUGGGCGUCCUGGAUCAGAAGUAUCACGCAUGAGCAGUUGCUCCAGGUCGGGUUCAUACCGUACUUCCAGAUGGAUAAAGCAGCACACAUGACUUCGCAUCACCAAACAGGCUCUCGUGCUCACGGACAGCGUCGCACUCACCACGCCGUAGAAACUCGAAACUUUGUAUGUGCUCACAUGAAGCGCAACGAUCCUGUGACCAGACGAUGGAUUCAAUACGCCGUCAUGGAGUCCUACAAAAUGGCCAUCAUGGUUCGCGACGGUCGAACCGGUAACGUCAUUGUUGAGCCACCUCAAGAACACAAAUGGCUCAUUAGGACCAAGUCCGGUGUUGGAAGAGCAAGUCGAUCCGAAUGGCAGAUUGUGAAAGAGAUCGACGACAAGUUCUGGGACGAGAUUGAUCGCUUCCGUGAGUGGCAUCUUGGUUUCAAAGAUUAUUACGACAUUGUAGUCUGGGACAUCGAGAGUGGCGAACACUACUCUUCCCUCUACAACUCAAUCCAAGAGCUUCUGAUCAGAGCUCUGCGAUUUAGAGAUCCCAAGGACUUUUACAAGCCUGCCGAGCAUGUACUACGUACACUCACUCGAGAUGAGCAUCUCUCACGUGCAAGAGACCUUCGUCCCGAUGAGUGGGGCCAAGGUAAGAGCAUCUGGGACUGGAUCCACAGCGACGGUACCAGGAUGAGAUACUUCUCCAGAGGUAGCGACGGGAGUCACAGAGAAGAGGCACCUCCUCAGCUGCUGUAUAAGCAGGAAGACAUGUUGGAAGACCAGGUGCUGUUCCCUUGGGAUCGGAGUCUAUGGACCAACGAGGAAAUUCCUGAGACGGCUAGCAAGAUCAUAGCAGUUGCUAAGAAAGCAGCAGACCUUGCACCAGCAAACUCAGGUCACGAGUUGAUGCUGGCCGACGCCGAUGCCGAGUCUAAUGGUGGCGAGGAAGGUGUGCUUGCGAGCCAGACAGGUAAGAUGCAUAACUUUGAGCACCAUGGACUUGACCUGAACCGCUGGAUCAACGAUCUCGACACUGACGAAGAGCUGAGCGAUACCGAGUAUCAGCAAAUCUCAGAAGGUGAGGAUGACGGUAGCGAAUGGGAGUCUGACGAAGAAUAUGCUGAAGGUGUUAUCGAAGAACUCUCAGAAGCAGCUGGUGUGACCAUCCGAGGCCGCUGGGUCGACGAUCACAACGAGAAAGAGCCGAGAUGGCAGGACAUGGUCAUGGCUCUGGAGCUUUGGGAGGACCCGUCGCUCUCCAACCUUCGCGAAAACAAAGCCGUCGGCCAUCGUCCUCCCAGGCUCCCACCAACCAUGACCUCUCGAGGAGAGAUCGAGGACAUGAAGGAAGAAUGGGAACUUUUUAUCGAUCGGACCAGGGCUAGCAGCUUCAAAGAGGCAUGGCACAAGGCCGAUCUCGAAGCUGGCGCUCAGGAGAAAUAUGCAGAGACACAGAAGAUCAUGAAAGCAUACGUCGACUUCUUUGCCAAGGGGACUAAGGGUCCUUGGGCACCAGGUAUGCUCGAGCGUCAAUUCAUGCUCAUGAUGCUUCUUGAAGUCGAUCCGGGAGUUCAUCGCAGGGUCAAGAGAGACAUGACUUUCGCCAACGCCAUGAUUACAUGCUUCUUCCAGAGGGAUAGUCCUUUCUUCAGCUCUGAAGAGGGAUCACCUUGGAAGAACUCUGCUUUGUUCGACCAGGAAGGACGUGCAAAGGUGAUUCCCGAUGUACGAUCCUCGCACUCGAAUCGUACCAGGUCUGUCUUCCAAUGGGAGGGCUGGGAUAAGAUUCGACAUGAGGUAAUGAAGUCUGGCAACGGUGCAUUCCUCUGGGCUUCUGAUAAAUAUCCACAGGAUUGGAAGUACAUCACAAGGCCGACCAUUGCUCACCUCUACCGUCACGGACUAUUGGCACCUCGCUACAAGCCCGAAUACUCUGGAUGUGCUGUAGUGCUUGAGGAGCCUGCUCGGCCGGGCAAACCUGAGCUCUACUUUGACUUCCGCGAGGACGCACAAGAGAUGAAGCCACGCCAGCCGAUGCAGGAUCCAUCGAAGGUCGCACCUUUGCUUGACACAGCGCGCGAUUAUGUGAGCAAGAACCCUGAUGCUUACUUCUCGUUCAUGCGUAUCUGGUCCGCACCGCACUUCUGGCCUCUGAUGCUCGGUUAUGACAAUCGCGACGGCACAUCCUUCGCCGAUGACAUUGGCCGCACCUGGGAAUGGAAAUUCGUCCCCAAAGACAUGCCAUUCAGCGAAUGGAGCAUCCAUCACGCCCUCCGCCUUCGCCUAAAUGAGUACGAGAAGAAGAUCGACGGCAAAGUGUUUCUCAAAGGCGACAAAGUACUUGUUGUGGGCAAGAAUCGGGAAAUGUGCCGUAAUUACUCUACUAUUGCGUAUUUUGCACUUACGACUAGGCCUUGGAGGUUGGAGGUUGAUGUGUGGAAGAGUUUCUUUGGUGUCAAGUUGGGGUUCUUGGAGGGUUUGGAUGAGGUGUGGUGGGAGUGAGUUUUUGACAGAAAUGGAGAAGUGGCUGCCCUCAAUGGAUAAAUUUAUGGAUGUCAAUUGUACUGUGCCUUUUUACAGUCUCCUUUCAAGGAUUGCAUCAUCGGCCGAGCUACAUCCAGGCUAUGCUCUUUCCACAUUCGUUGAAUUGCCAUCAGCUCUUUCACUACAAAACCAGCGCCGCUGCUCUCAAGAGUACACUAACGACGGUUCCAAAUGUCCAUUCAGCUGG